AUGUCCAUACCACGCGAUACCUCCAAGCUGAAGCAGAAGCUGGUGGGUGAAAUUGGGGAAGCCCAGUGGGAUGAAACUUGGGAAAGCAUAGCACAACUCAGCCCGGAGCUCUUCGAGGCCAGUGUCAACUUGAUCGCGGUACCUAGGAAGAAGAGACAUCUCUCACCGAAGAUACAAGAAUUGAUGUCCAUUGCCGUCGAUGCGGCAUCUACCCACCUCUAUCUCCCGGGCAUCCAGCAACACAUCAAAGCCGCUUUAAAAGAAGGCGCCACACAAGCAGAGAUAAUAGAAGUCAUCGAAUUAACUGGCACACUCGGUAUACAUGCUUGCAAUAUCGGUGUGCCUCUUCUCGUUGAGGUGAUGAAAGAAGAAGGAAUUUAUGAACAGCAUCCUACUGCCGGAAAGCCGUUCGAUGCUCAACGAGAGAAGCUGAAAGCCGACUUCACAAAGAACAGAGGAUACUGGCACACCUUCUGGGAAGAUUUCCUGGCACUUGAUCCCGAGUUUUUCGAAGCUUACCUCAACUUUUCCUCCGUGCCCUGGCUGAAAGAUGUCGAUGGCAGUGGCAAGGGUGGAGGUGUUCUAGAGCCAAAGGUCAAAGAACUGAUUUACUGCGCCUUCGAUGCAGCAGCGACCCAUCUUUACGUACCUGGUCUCAAGCUACAUAUGAAAAAUGUUCUCAAAUAUGGUGGGACACCAGAGGAAAUUAUGGAAGUAUUAGAAAUCGCAACGCAAUUGAGUCUGCAUACAUCAAAUGUAGCGGCUCCAAUACUAGCUCAACAACUCGCGCAAAUAUAA